UCCGACUCUACAACCAUGGCGGAUGCUCAACAACAGCAUGCCCCUGGUGGCCACUAUUCAGGGACGAACAAAAUCCCUACCAUCAACCAGUUCAUCGAGAAACUAGAUCGCGACAAGGCAACCCGCGAUAAGCAGAUCGACGAACAGAGAAAGGCGCAAGCUGCUCAGAAGAAUGGCGAUGCAGUCCCUCACCAACAAUCUACUGGCCUGCACGCGAAGGAGAAUCAGCAAAAAGUCACAGACCCAACCACUGGCAAGGAGGUCGUCAUCGAAGAUGUCAACAAGGAGAUGGUAGACGCGGCUAAGAACCCCGUGCCUAUCAAGAGCGAUCCAUCGCAGUCAAUGGCUGACUACAAACAUGCCCAAGAUGUAACCGCCCCUCCGGACCCCGUCGCUGAAGGUAGUACCUCAGACGUCCCCAUCCAUGGCGAGAAGACCAACAUUCUGUUCCACCCUACACCCUCUGUCAGUUACGAGCCUUUCUUCGCUGCCAUGGAGAAGAGAGCCACUGGUUUAUGCAUUGGUGUUUUCCUGGGCAUUGUCUUUGUUGGAAACAUUUUCGGUGGCCGUCUCCUGGGCCUCGUUCCUCUAGCCAUGUGUGUGGCUUCUGGUGUCUUCCUCUGGGCCAAGGAGGUCAUCCGCAGUGGCAGAGAAGUCGAGUGGGACAGUGAGAAGAUCAGAGGCAGAACGUCGGUCGAAUGGAUGAACACUUUACUUGGAGUCGUUUGGGGCCUUGUCAAUCCGGAUAUGUUCCAGAGCGUCGCCGAUACCCUCGAGGAUGUCAUGCAAGCGUCCGUUCCUGGUAUUAUCGAGAACGUCCGCGUGGCAGAGAUCAACCAAGGCAGCAACCCUAUCCGCAUCCUCAGUCUUCGCGCUCUCCCUGAUGAGCACAUGAAAGAGAUGAAGCAGGCGAUUCAUGAGGAAAACAAGAAGACCAAGGAUCCUCAGGAGGCCGCUGCUGAUGAGGAGGGUGGUGACUACUACAACCUCGAAGUCUCUUUCGCGUACCAUGCUGCUCCCUCUGGCAAGAGAGCCUCGGACAGAGCAAGAAACAUGCACAUGCAACUGGUUUUCUACCUUGGUAUCAAGGGUCUGUUUGGUGUUCCUCUCCCCAUCUUUGUUGAGCUGCAAGAGCUGGUUGGCACUGUCAGAUUGCGCAUGGCUAUGACUCCCGAACCUCCUUUCCUCAAGACACUGACUUUCACACUUAUGGGCGUGCCUCACGUACAAGCAGGAUGUAUUCCCAUGGUCGAGAAGGGUGUCAACAUUCUCAACCUUCCUCUCAUCUCCAACUUUGUCAACUACGCGAUCGGUGCGGCCGCUAGCAUGUACGUCGCUCCUAAGUCUAUGUCUCUUGACAUGAGAGCUAUGCUUCAGGGUGACGACAUUACCAAGGACGUCCAAGCUCUUGGUGUCAUGUGGAUCCGCAUUCAUCGUGCUGUUGGUCUCAGCAAGCAGGACAAGCGUGGGAGCAAGUACGGUGGUAGUGAUCCGUACAUCACUCUUACCUUCUCCAAGUAUGGAAAGCCUAUGUACUGCACACGUGUCAUCACCGACGACUUGAACCCUAUUUGGGAAGAAACUGCUGCUGUCGAGCUUUGGGACUCUGAUCGCCACACCGCUGAUGAUAUCGUCGGCAAAGUCGAGCUGUCCAUGCAGAAGAUGAUUCAGCACCCUGGCAAGAUGUACCCUCAAGUCUCCAAGCUUGCUGGUAUGGAUUCUGACAGCGAGAUGCCCGGAGAGCUACACUGGGAGGUGGGCUUCUUCGGAAAGCCUCAGUUCAGACCCGCUCUGCGUACUGAUGGCAAGAACCAUGCUCUUCCUGAGAACCUUCGCGACAAGCCCGAACUCCAGGACGAGAAGGGUGUGGCUAACACUGAUACUGACGACGCUGUUCAGCACACACCUCCAGACCCCCUCUGGCCCAGUGGUAUUUGCAGUAUCGUUGUCCACCAGAUUGUCAACCUCGAACUUGAAAACAUCAAGGGCACGCAAGGCAGUCGCAAGGGCAGAGAAUACGAGCCUGCCAAGCCCAGCGGCGAAGGCACUGACGAAGAGGGUGAUCAGCUACCUACCAGUUACUGUACCAUUCUCUACAACGAUGAACUGGUCUACAGAACUCGUGCCAAGGCAGUCAGCAGUCAACCUAUCUUCAAUGCCGGUACUGAGCGCUUCAUUCGCGACUGGAGAUCAGCUGUCAUUACCGUCACAGUGCGUGAUUCUCGCAACCGUGAGCACGACCCCAUCCUUGGUGUUGUGCCUCUCAAGUUGUCCGAUGUCAUGGAGACAAGUUCGCAAGUCACCAGAUGGUACCCCCUCGAUGGUGGUGUUGGUUUCGGUCGCAUUCGUAUCUCGCUUCUGUUCCGCAGCAUCGAAACUCGUCUCCCUCCCAACAUGCUCGGCUGGGAUGUUGGUACCUUCCAAUUCCUUUCCGAGAGAAUUAUUGCAACUGGCUACACUCACCACGCCAAGCUCAAGAUGCGUACUGGUGGUUCUGUCGGCAAACUACCUCGCACACAAUGUCACAAGACUGACAACGGUCUCGAAUGGGAAGUGCAACACAACGAGAAAAGAGACCCUAUUCGUCUCCCAGUCAAAUAUCGCUACCGCAGUCCUAUCGUCUUUGAGUUCCACUUGUCUGGCAAGCGCAAGGCGGAUGCUCAUGCUGUUCUCUGGCUGCAACAUCUGGUUGACAACGAGUCUACCGAGAUUGAUAUUCCUAUUUGGCGUACAUCGGCUCCAGCAAGAUUGACCCAGAACUACAUCACCGAAGACAAUGUCAACAAGGCCAUGCCUGGACUGGAUGAUCUCGAGGAGGUUGGUCGUCUCAAGUUCACUGGUCGCUUCAAGGCUGGCAUGGACGAGAGUCACGAACACUUUGUUGCUGAUAAUGAGUCCCGCGAAACCUACGAAACUUGGGAGGCAUGUCUUGCUGAGGGUGUUCGCACAAGAUUAGUCGAGAAGGAGAUGCCCGAUCGUGUGCAAGCCCUACAUGAGAAGUCCCUCACGGAAGGCCGCGACAUUCUCAAGGAGGAAGAGCCAGAUGAGAAGCAAAAGUGGCUGAGCAAGCAAGGCACUGAUUGGAGUGGAGCAUUUGGUGAAGAUCCCAAGGCCUACAUGGACUCGCAAGGCAACAAGCGUCGCGAGCCUGGCGCUGAACCUCCUCUUCACGACCCUCACAACCCUAGUUCCGACGACGACAGCAGUUCCGACGACGACUCAUCCAACGACCUCGGUAUCCUGGACGCGGGCAAUGCACAAAACCAAGGCGGCAACCCUGGCGAAAGAGCAGGCAGAAAGUCAUACGCCACUGACACAACCGGCGGUAGAAGUUCCUACGACUCCUACGCAGGCACCAACUCCACAUUCUCAGACCCUAACACCGGUGGCAGCCCCAGGAGCGUCAACACGCAAAACAAGCGUACUGAAGAGCGCAAGCAGCGUGGACUGAUGCAAUGGAAGCCAGCUCGCAACCUGAAGUUCGCCAAAGAUGAAGGCAAGAUCGGUAUCAGAAAACUCAAGAACAAGUUGACUGGUGGUCUCAAUGGUAGACAACCUGGUGUUGAGACUGAGACUGGAAACUAG